AUGCACUGCGUGAGCAGAGGAGGCUGCUACCUGGUGAACUCCUACUGUGAUCUGCAGGAGGAAAACCAGUGGAAGAAGGAGAGCUACCAAGAGUGCUGGCUGGGCCUGGUCCUUGAAACGAGGCCACAAUACAAGCUCACUCUGUCAGAGACGGACAGCAUUCGAAGAGAAAGUUACAAGCAGCAACAGGUGGCCCACUUCCUGGUGGAGAGGAGUCCCAGCCAGACACUGAGGCUAGGCAGCAGCAGCAGAGUCACGACGGAGCACCGGCUGCCCUUCUGCAACACCAGCAAGCUACAGCGUGCUCCGUGCACCUUUGGGUGCUCGGAACAACAGCCAGUGGGUAACGGAGCGGGGGAACAGGAAGUGACUCGGGAGCUCUGCAAACCAGUGAACUCCGGAGCCUCGAGUCUGAUGUUCUCGCCGAGGGAAAGCUGUCAUCGGGUGCAGAGGAGGGAGUGA